AUGAAUAAGCCGCGGACGCCUUUGGCGACAUGCUCCGAGGGCCCUAUCAGAUAUGGGCCUGACCCAUACAACAAUACCUUACGAAUUAAGGUCAUACUGGUCGACAUACACGAAAUCGCUGUUCGAUGGCUUGCCCUGACGAUGGAGCGGUGGCGCUAUGUGGACCGAGUUCUGAUAGAAAAUGGAGGAGCGCAACAGACCCAUGGCUACUGGUCGCACUAUUAA